AUGGACACUUAUACUUCAGGCGACAUUCCCUAUGAAUAUGGACUGUCCACGAUACUUCACUAUCUUGUCGACCAACUGGAGCACGAGAACUGCGUGGAAGGCGUGUUGUCUUGGAUUGCUGACACCCACUGCCGUAAUGAGGCCUCCACAGACCCUCUGCUACCUCUCCACGUAUGGCGAAUCUUUCUGGUGCAUCAAGAGAACCCUGCGAUAGUUCAGCAUGGCCUUGCCGUGCUUGCGCAUUGCACCAGUGUUGGGGAGAUGCGUCUUCAAGCGGCACGUCCUGUUGCUGCCGAUAGUGGUGUCGAAGAUCCAACAUCCGCAGAGUUCUACGACACCCUAAUUGAUAAUAGUACCUGCUGGAACGAAGCUAGCCUGGCUCUUGUCUCUAAGCUCGCUAAUCGCCAUGUGGAAAAUAUCCAGGUCCAUGUAAAUGUGUUAGUCCUGCUAGAAGCCAUUCUCUGCCCUCUUGAACUCACUAAUCUGGAGUUGGAGUCGCAGUUUAUCUAUUGGUCAAAGUGUCGAACCAUUUUUCGAAAGAUCUGUGAGAUGGACUACCCAGAGAUGAUAACCAAAGCUCUAAAGCGUGUCCACAUGGGUUAUGCGAAUAUUCUACGAAUAGCCCUGGCGGUGCUAUGGAAGCUUAGCAUUGAUCAUGUGAAUGCGAGACAGUUCAUUGCAAUGGAUGCCUUCAAGCUGGUGUAUGACGUGAUGUUCUAUUUCCCAAAGCAUCCGAAUAUCAUUAAUCAAGGUGCUCUGUGUCUUGCUGCUCUGGUCUCACAAAGUAUGUUUUCAAGACCUUUAGAUAAUAGGCUUGAAAGUGUCGAUAAGAAACAACUGAACGAGGAAACAAUCACAAGUAUUGACGUCGUGCCCCUUUUACUGGACUCGAUUUAUACGUUCUGCUUCUUUAGUGAAAUUUGCUACAACCUCUUCUUUGCCGUCAAAGCAAUAAUUAACAGAUCAGGUGAGAGGUGUUGA